CGCUGGGGUGCGCGCGGCGGUGGCGGCGGCGCGUGGCAGGUCCGGCGGGCGCGAGGCGGCGGCGGUGGCCCGAUCCUGGCCCAGCCUCGUCCGCCCGUGGCCCGCCCGGCCUGACCCCGGCCCCGGCCUGACCCGGAGUGCCGCGGCCUCGCUACGGCUCGACCCGGUCCGGUCCGGAGCCUCCCGAGGGAGCGGCUCCGCCUGCCCAGAGCGCAGGCCCGGCCAUGACCGACUUUAAAUUGGGCAUCGUGCGGCUCGGCCGGGUGGCCGGGAAGACCAAAUACACGCUGAUAGAUGAGCAGGACAUACCACUGGUGGAGAGCUACUCCUUUGAGGCUCGGAUGGAAGUAGACGCUGAUGGAAACGGUGCUAAGAUAUUUGCAUAUGCCUUUGACAAAAACCGGGGAAGGGGCUCGGGCAGGCUUCUGCAUGAGCUGCUAUGGGAACGACACAGGGGAGGUGUGGCUCCCGGGUUUCAGGUGGUACAUCUCAAUGCUGUGACUGUGGACAAUCGCCUGGACAACCUGCAGCUUGUCCCAUGGGGCUGGCGACCCAAAGCUGAAGAGACCUCCAGCAAACAAAGGGAGCAAAGCUUAUACUGGCUUGCAAUCCAGCAGCUUCCCACAGACCCUAUAGAAGAACAAUUCCCUGUCUUGAAUGUGACCCGGUAUUAUAAUGCCAAUGGGGAUGUGGUGGAAGAGGAAGAAAAUUCCUGUACCUACUAUGAGUGUCACUAUCCUCCUUGUACGGUGAUUGAAAAGCAGCUUCGAGAGUUCAACAUUUGUGGGCGUUGCCAGGUGGCUCGAUACUGUGGCUCUCAGUGCCAGCAGAAGGACUGGCCUGCCCACAAGAAGCACUGUAGGGAGAGGAAGCGUCCCUUCCAGCAUGAGCUUGAGCCAGAGCGAUGACGGGCUGAAGAGCUGCCACUGCUGCGGGUUCACAGUUUCCAGCUCAUCAUGAGCACAGUGGAAGACAGACUGGCAGUUGAACCUGGAGGUGCCAAAGAAGCCAGCAAUGGAUCCAGAGAAGCUGCCAUAAGACCUCACAGCAACAAGCAGCCUGUGGGGACACUGCCCCUCCAGUUUUCACCUCCAGCAGAGACAACGGGGAGGCUCCCUAGGACCUUUCUCAUUAUUUAUAUGUUAAUAUGUUUGUAAACUCAUGUACAGUUUUUUUGGGGGGGAGGCAAGGGGAGGGUUAGCAACUUCAAAUAGAAUCAUUUGUUGUAUUCCUCAAAUGGUAAACAGUCACCACUCAGCUAGAGACUGUUGUGUAGUCGAGCUUCGCUCCUGGGCAGUGGGGAGGGGGGUUCCCACUGAAAGGCUUGCACAGAGUCAUGUCUAAACAGGCAGAGUAAAGGUAGAAUCAUUUUUGUGGCCAGUUUCUGCUCCUCAGACCCCUGUUGUCCAGCCCUUUUCUUUUGAGACAGGGUCUCUCCUGGAACUUCAUAGGUAAACCAGGCUGGCCUUGAAUACACAGAUCCACCUGCCUUUGCCCCGUGAGUGCUGGGAUUAACAGACCCGGCUCACCUUUUUUUUGUUUAGUUGAAAGGAACUAAUUUUAAUGAAGCUAGUUUUAAUGGUCUGGGAGGACUUGCCCAUCACUCCAGGUUGGCCUCGAGGGUAGAGUAUGUUAUCGAGGAGUGCAAGGAAGGCUCUGUUCUCUCUGGUGGCAGGUGUUCUGAAGUGUUCCAGUAGGGUGGCUACUUGUCAUAGUUGUCAUUGCUGUGAUAAAACAUGAGCAAAAGUAACCUGGGAAGGAGGAAUUAUUUCAGCUUACAAUUCCACAUCACCGUCCAGUGAAGGAAGUCAGGACUAGAGCUGACGGAGAGGCUAUGGAGGAUUGCUACUUACUGUUUGCUCUUCGUGUCCUGCUCAGCCGAGCUUCUUGUAGUGCCCAGAAUUGCCAGCCCAGGGGUGGCAUUGCACAAAGUGAGCUAGGCCCUCCCAGAUCAAUAAAGAAAAAUUAGGACAGACUGACCCACAAGCCAUCUAAUCUAGUGGGGUUAUUUUCAUAAUUGUCCUCUCCCAAAAUGACUCCUGUUUGUAUUAAGUUAACAUGAAACUAACCAGCAAAAUACUAUAUAUCCCUAUGUUGGUGAACUGCCACUUUGAAGCACAGAGACCCUUGAAGCCAGUAGUAAGCUGCUGCUCCUGUCCCAAUUGUGGGAUGGCAAAGACAGUGGGGGUGCCAGACAGCCAAAGGGAGACUUCACUGCAGAGCUGCAGACCCUAGGAACUUUUUGGGGGGAAUCCACAUUCUGAGGACUGUUUGGCAUUUUGACCAUUUGCAGAAAUGAAUUCAACUGUGGCUGGAGUCCCCUAACUCGGUGUGACCCUCUUGUUCCAGCUCUCCCUGACUGCUGACCUGGGCAGCUCUCUGGCCUUCUGGGUGGUCUACAGUGCCCCUCGGGAGUUAAGCUCUUCCUAUUGCAGCUUAUCUAUCACAGUCUUGGUUUUCUGUGAGCUAAGUGCUCUCUGGCUGAGCACAACCCCUUGAUAGCCUUAGGCCUAUAAGUCCAGCUUCUAUGGCUGAUUGUGCUUUUAUAAUACACAGUGGCCUAGAGGGGAAGAUUGAAACUCAGCAUGGCACCAUCCCUUGAGUGUUUAAACUCGGAGAGUUGUUUAUGUCAGACCUAUACCAGGAACCCUUUUGUGUUCUGAAGGUCCCCUACUCAGACCCCAGGUUGAACAUCAAUCUGAUGUCAUUGGAAAGAGGACAGAUGUAUAUAUUGUAAAAUAUUGCUAUAGGCAGCAGCUGACGUACGCCCUCACUGUCUCCCCUUGCAUAAACUACUUUUAAGAGGCCAGGGCUAUUGUAGUAAAGGGAUUCUGUGAGUCAAAUUUCUUGGGAUGAAUCUAGACUACAAGUUUGUGACCUUUCCUUUAAAUGGCCAGGUUAGCUCUUUGUCCCCUCGCCAGCCACGGGUGCUUUACUGUCAGCUUUGAUCAGAAGAUUCUACCUAGAGAGCACACAGCUGACCUCAAGGCACUGCUGGUAAAGGUGGCUCACCUGUGGGUUUCCCUAUCUACACUUGGUAGCACAGCUAGCUGUGCAGUGAGCUGGGCUCUAUCAAGUCGAUGUCUACUCCCCAUGUCUGUUCAUCCCUGCCCUCCCUCUGGUCAUCCCUGCCUGGUGUUCUUUGUAGCUGUUUAGGCUGUUCUAUGAAUGUUCUGGUGGUUCAAAGAUGGGGCCCUUUGGCUUGUGUAGUGAGUUGGGCUACUUGGCCUUGGGACAAUCUAGUGCUGGAGGGAUUGGGGUCUUUUCAGAAUUCCUUAGGUGCCACCCUUGCUUCAGCUGCUAACUGGCCUGCAAGCUAGGCUAUACAGCCAUACUCUGCUUCAGUUCCAGGGCUGGAUACCCAGGUGUCCUGUGACUUUGCUUCCUGGAACUGCUGUAACUAAGUGCCAAAAACUGGAUGGACUAAAACGAGCUUUUUGUCUGUUG